GAUCCAUCCCCACGUCGGGGAGCCGCGGGGCAGUCCCGUCAUUUCAGCGCGCGGGCGAGCCAUGUGGAUAAGGCCCAUGGCCCUGAUGAUGGCCAUGCCGUCACACCGCCUACUCCCGGUCGCCCCGUCCGUUCCUUCUUCCUCGCUUCACACACGACGACGGAGCGGGCCGGGGGGGGCACACGCACACGCAUAUAUCCAGCUUGCCAUAUUUAUACCACCUCUCCUCCUCCGUCCGCGGCCGAGACCCACCUCGGCCAUUCUUAUCCCCAGAAGCUUCGCCAAAAGUGAUCGAUCCGUCUCCACAAGGGACCAGACCGCCCGCCGGCGGAACCCGACGACACACUCCUCGUCGCGUUCGCGGCGCUUCUCUUCUCAUCUCUUCAUGCGCCAUCGCCGCCGCCUCCACCUCUGCGACGCCGCCCACAGAUAGAGCAGCAGGACGGGGGCGAUGCCUUCGCUCUCCUGCCACAACCUCCUCGACCUCGCCGCGGCCGACGAGGUGCCCCUGCCGUCGCCCACGCCGCUUCGCCUCCCGCGCGUCAUGUCCGUCGCGUCCCCGGCCUCGCCCACCUCGCCAUCCCCGGCCGCCCCGCCGCGCCGCGUCAUCGUCUCCCACCGCCUCCCGCUCCGCGCGUCGCCGGACCCGGCCGCGCCGUUCGGGUUCAACUUCUCCGUCGACUCCGGCACCGUCGCGUACCAGCUCCGCUCGGGGCUGCCCGCCAACGCGCCCGUCCUCCACAUCGGCACCCUCCCAGCGGCCGCGGCGGAGGCCGCCUCAGAUGAGUUGUCCAACUACCUGCUGGCCAAUUUCUCGUGCCUGCCGGUGUACCUUCCCACCGACCUCCACCACCGCUUCUACCACGGAUUCUGCAAGCACUACCUCUGGCCGCUCCUCCAUUACCUGCUCCCGCUGACGCCGUCGUCGCUCGGCGGCCUCCCGUUCCAGCGGACGCUCUACCACUCCUUCCUCUCGGCGAACAGGGCCUUCGCCGACCGCCUCACCGAGGUGCUGUCUCCCGACGAGGACCUCGUCUGGAUCCACGAUUACCACCUCCUCGCGCUCCCGACCUUCCUCCGCAAGCGCUUCCCGCGCGCCAAGGUCGGAUUCUUCCUCCACUCGCCCUUCCCCUCGUCGGAGAUCUUCCGCACAAUCCCCGUGCGGGAUGACCUCGUCCGCGCCCUCCUCAACGCCGACCUCGUCGGCUUCCAUACCUUUGACUACGCGCGCCACUUCCUGUCCGCGUGCUCGCGGCUGCUCGGCCUCGACUACCAAUCCAAGCGCGGUUACAUCGGCAUCGAGUACUACGGCCGCACCGUGACGGUCAAGAUACUCCCCGUCGGGAUCGACAUGGGCCAGCUCAGAUCGGUGGUCUCGGCGCCGGAGACGGAGGAUGUGGUGCGGCGGGUGACCGAGACGUACAAGGGGCGGCGCCUCAUGGUCGGCGUCGACGACGUCGAUCUGUUCAAGGGGAUCGGGCUCAAGUUCCUGGCGAUGGAGCAGCUGCUCGUAGAGCACCGGGAGCUCCGCGGCCGCGCCGUGCUCGUGCAGAUCGCCAACCCUGCGCGCAGCGAGGGGCGCGACGUGCAGGGCGUGCAGGACGAAGCCAGGGCCAUCAGCGCCCGGGUCAAUGCGCGUUUUGGCACCCCCGGCUACACGCCGAUCGUGCUCAUCGACGGCCCGGUGACGCCUCAGGAGAAGGCUGCCUACUACGCGGCCGCCGAGUGCUGCGUCGUGAGCGCCGUGCGCGACGGGCUCAACCGGAUUCCCUACAUCUACACGGUGUGCCGGCAGGAGAGCACCGCGCUCGGAGACGACGCGCCCAAGCGGAGCGUCAUCGUGCUCUCCGAGUUCGUCGGUUGCUCCCCGUCCCUGAGCGGCGCGAUCCGCGUCAACCCCUGGAGCGUGGAGUCCGUCGCGGAGGCCAUGAACGCCGCGCUGCGGAUGUCCGAGGCCGAGCAGCGGCUGCGGCACGAGAAGCACUACAAGUACGUGAGCACCCACGACGUCGCCUACUGGGCGCGGUCCUUCGACUCGGACCUGCAGCGCGCCUGCAAGGACCAUUUCUCGCGCCGGCAUUGGGGGAUCGGGUUCGGCAUGAGCUUCAAGGUGGUGGCCCUUGGCCCCAAUUUCCGGCGGCUCUCCGUGGAGCACAUUGUCCCGUCAUAUCGUAGGACGGAGAACCGGCUGAUUCUCCUGGACUACGACGGCACCGUGAUGCCAGAGAAUUCCAUCGACAGGACGCCGAGCAGUGAGGUCAUCUCUGUGUUGAAUCGUCUGUGCGAGGACCCCAAGAACAGAGUGUUCAUCGUGAGCGGUCGGGGGAAGGACGAGCUCAGCAGGUGGUUCGCCCCCUGCGAGAAGCUGGGCAUCGCCGCGGAGCACGGUUACUUCACAAGGUGGAGCAGGGACGCGCCAUGGGAGAUCUCAGGAUUGGCCGCCGACUUCGACUGGAAGAAGACCGCGGAGCCUGUGAUGCAGCUGUACACGGAGGCAACAGAUGGCUCCUACAUCGAGCACAAGGAGAGCGCCAUCGUCUGGCACCACCACGAGGCGGAUCCUGACUUCGGUUCCUGCCAGGCCAAGGAACUGCUCGACCAUCUCGAAAACGUGCUCGCCAACGAACCCGUGGUGGUGAAGAGAGGCCAGCACAUCGUCGAGGUUAACCCCCAGGGCAUCAGCAAAGGCGUGGUCGUGGAAGGCCUCCUGUCGUCCAUGGUCAAAACGGGGAAGCCGCCGGACUUCGUGCUGUGCAUCGGCGACGACCGGUCGGACGAGGACAUGUUCGAGAGCAUCGUGUGCCCAUCCAACAGCAGCCUGAAGCUCCCGGCCAGCAGCGAGGUGUUCGCGUGCACGGUGGGCAAGAAGCCGAGCAUGGCCAAAUACUACCUGGACGACACCGUGGAUGUGAUCAAGAUGCUCGACGGCCUGGCCAGCGCGCCGUCGCAGCGGCCUAGGCCGGCGGUGCAGCUCAGGGUGUCGUUCGAAGGUUCGCUCUGAGGAACACACACAGCGCUAGCAGUGAACAUCGAGGAAGAAUAACCAAUGAUGAUGAUGAACAUGAUUCAGACAGUGUGGUGUAGGAUUAGCUGCAGUUACAGGAUCGACAGGGUUUCUUUUUUCUUUCUUCUACAUUGCUACCCGCAAAUCGUUCGUGCCUGUAUAUGCCCGUAUGAUAAUAUGCAAAGAAUGUUUCGACCACCUUUGUAUAUGUAGUUGACGAUGACGAUGAAAUCAGAAAAAGAGAAGGAAAAAAAUUGAUUCUUUCA